CAAAAAAGGGGAACCCACCUAUAAUGCCUGCUGUCAUGACUCCAGGAGGACCCUUAGAUCUUUCAUCUGUAUUAUUCCGCAACCGUAUUAUCUUCAUAGGACAGCCUGUUAACUCACAAGUGGCACAGCGUGUUAUUUCGCAGCUUGUAACGCUUGCAUCUAUUGAUGAGGAUGCUGAUAUUCUGGUCUACCUAAACUGCCCUGGUGGAAGUACCUAUUCUGUCUUAGCAAUUUAUGACUGUAUGUCAUGGAUAAAGCCCAAGGUUGGAACUGUAUGCUUUGGGGUGGCUGCAAGCCAAGGAGCACUUCUUCUUGCUGGGGGAGAGAAGGGAAUGCGCUAUGCGAUGCCAAAUGCUCGCAUAAUGAUACAUCAACCACAAAGUGGAUGUGGGGGUCAUGUGGAGGAUGUGAGGAGGCAGGUGAAAGAAGCUGUUCAAUCUCGUCAUAAAAUUGACCAAAUGUAUGCUGCAUUUACUGGUCAACCUUUGGAGAAAGUGCAGCAAUAUACUGAAAGGGAUCGCUUCUUCUCUUCCUCUGAGGCCUUGGAGUUUGGACUCAUCGAUGGGGUAUUGGAAACAGAGUAUUAGUUAGAAACCAGAGGUUACCCUGUCUGACAGCUUCAUAGAUCAGGCAGAAAAUCAAAGUUUGCAGGUUUUGAUGGUUUAUUUGUCUCCUUUUAUCUCCAGUGGCCUUUUCAGCUCAGAAAAUCAAAGCCCUCAUUCAGCAAGCAGAAGCAGUCUGCAAUUUAAUGAUCUCGUCUAUAAUUGUUCUCAGAUCUGUGAUUGUUAAAAUUUUUACUUCACGGGACCCAAAUCUAAACCUGCUGAUCAAGCUUGGCAGGGUUAUUCCAAUCAACUUGUACUUUAAAUGGAAUUACCUGGUCAUUAACUCACUAUUCUUGUAAUUUGCAUUGAUGAUGCCAAUUUAAGGUGUGGAAAAUUAUCCUUUGCAAUUGA